AUGAGCUGGGCGGACAUGGUUGACGAGGACGGGGGAGGGGAUGUGCCACCGGCGGGGGAUGGGGGGAGGGCGAGGGGGGGCAGGGAGACGGACGAGACGCGGCUGCGGUGGCGGCAGAAGCAGAUCGACCUGGGGAAGCGCACUCUGGGGUACAGACGAUACACGGAGUCGGUGCCCAGGGACCAGCGCCGGAAGAGGUUCCGCCUGUCGUGCCACCCCGAGACGCCCGAGAAGUACCAAACGUGCAGCAAGCGAAGCUUCCAGGGGCAGAUAACGAAGUGGCGGAAGCUGCUGCACUGGUGGGACGAACCCGGCCACAGGGACGCCAUGACGCGGGACUGCAGCCCAAAGGUUGACUACAUCGGGAGCUUUGCACAACUGUCCCUUGGGUCGCCCAUGCCAGUGUCGCCGAUCGGCUGCUGGAGGGUCCCCGGGCAGUGCAGUGGAUGGGGUUGGUACGGCAUCCCGGCCAACUGGGGGAUGUACGGAUCACCCUACCCAUGGAUGAUGCAUCCAAUGGCCCACGGCUAUCACAGCCCGGGCUGGUACCCAAACGCCAGCCCCUGCCCCAGCACUCCCAGUCAGUGGUCCACGCACAGCCCAGAAUCCAGGCGCUGGGAUCCCAUCCGGUGGCCCCUAGCCGACGACCACGUUGGGCUGCCCUUCACCACGCCCCCGCACCAAAAAUUCACCGAGGGCAGAGUGGGCUGGGCCAAGAAAGGCAGGCGCGCUAAGCACCGUCACAACCACGGCAGCCGGGGCAGCAACAAAGAAAAUGAUUUGGCACCAGCCACAAGCGGGGAUGGAGGCAGCGAAGGGUGGCCGCCCGCGACUUCGCACACCUGGUAUGUGGAUUCAGGACUGAACAAUGCUGAGAUGGCUGUGGAUAAGGAGGCGAGUGCAGGGGAGGACUUGUCUGAUGAAGAAAGUGGAGCAGGGGGUGACGAGAAUGGUGGUUUUGGUGGUGCGGUGGGAACUGCGCUAGUGAAUGCUGAUGGUGUUCGGAUUGAUAAUGGUGAGGGAAGAGAAGGCAGGGCCGAAGGGGUGAGUGAUGACCUUGACGAUGAGUACGGGGACGAGAAUGCCUCCCCGGGGUUCCGGGUUGCCGGUGUGGAAAAUGACAAAUUCAGCAAGGUUGGGAUGGAGGGUUUGGGGCGUGGCAGUGCAGGGAAUGGGGCCAAUGCCAUGAAGUCUAUGAGGGCAAUGAGGGACAUUGGCAAUUCGUUUGUGGGAUAA